AUGACAGUCAGGCUAGACUACACAGUACCUCAGAACAAGAACAACUCGAUACCGAACCCACCAGGUUACUUACCACCUGCAUCUGCCAAACAGCUAUCCUCGAGGAACACACAACCUGAUUCCGAUGCUAUAAUCAAGCAAAACAGGAAAUCAACCGAACUGAAAUUACGAAGAGCUUGGGAUAUGGCGUUGGCACCUGCCAAAUCCCUUCCCAUGCAAGCUAUCAUGCUUUAUUUCUCCGGCUCGGGCGUCCAGAUCUUCUCAUUGGGAAUGAUAUUCAUGCUUCUUACUGGACCUAUAACAGCUGUUUUCAACAUAUUCAGAGCUUUCGAAUCUCUUCGACCUACUCCUACUCCUGCUGCUACACCUUCUUCCAGAAAAUCCAACGAUUCACUAUCAACGUCAAGUGAACCUUCUUAUGGCCCUCUAGUCUUACCGAUGAUAGCGUAUGUAGCAUGUCAGGGAUUAGUUCUCGCACUGGGCCUAUGGAAAUGCUCAACUAUGGGUAUACUCCCUACAGGUAGUGGUGAUUGGUUACAUUUCGAAACCAGAUUAGAUCCUCCCGAAUGGUCAUCUAUUAGAUCUCUUGCUCUAGGUCAAUCAAUACCUCAUUUAUAG